GUCUCCCAAGAUGGCUGGGAAUGAGAGGUAGGAAUAGUUGGAACUCAAAAACCAACCAUAACUCAAAAAAUAUUCAUUUGCAAUGGAAAUGAUAUAUACCUUUAUACCAUCAAUCAAUUCACUAUAUUUCUCACCAGAAAAACUUUUGCUGCAUCACAGAUUCCAUAUUUGAGUGAAACUACAAAUUGACCCACAAAUCCUUCAAGCAAAUGCUUGGUGACUGGAGGGAUACAAGUGAUCAUUCCAGUCUCGGUAGUAGCAGUUACAGCAAGACCUAUAAGCCUUCAAUGGUUAUGCUAACACAAGAGUGUUCUGUGAAGGAAUGUGUUUACAGUGUUAGGAGACCAUAGUCUGCUGACUAGCACAUUAACAGUGUUUGGACUUUGUAUAGUAUGGAAACAAAGGUCAAGAUGGAGCAUAUCAGCAGGACUUUUGAGUGUGAAGAAUGUGGGGAGGUAGUGACCAGCAACAGCAGGCUUAUCCAGCACCAGCUGUCCCACCGAGGAGCAACUGUGUUUUGCUGUGAGGAGUGUGAAGAAGUGUUCCUCAGUGUGAGCCAGCUGGACCAACACACAGCAGUCUUGCACUCCACUGCCACCAAGACUUAUGACUGUGAUGAAUGUGGGAAAUCCUUCCUUCAUGAAAAGAGUUUGAUAGCACAUAAAAAUAUGCAUAAAGGAAUAUCUGAUUAUACUUGUAAGCACUGUGGAAAAGAGUUCUAUUCAAAAAAGAGCCUGAUUCAACACUUUACAGUCCACAGUAAGAAAACAUUUAAGUGUGAAAUGUGUGGCAGCAAGUUCAAGUGGAAGGGAGACCUCACAAAACACUUGAGGAAUGUUCAUUCUCAAACCUUCAAACAUAAAUGCACUAAGUGUGGCACAGGGUUCUUUCACAAACGAGCUCUUUCAAACCACAUGAACGUUUCUCAUGGAGGACAAAAGAACAGCAAAAGCAAAGAGUGAAGCGCAUUGGUAUUUAUUAUUGUAAUGUUAGAUUAUAAUUCUUAAGUUAUGAUUCCAUCUUGUAGUCAAAGAUAAUAUCAACCAUUAGUGUUUGGGUUCCACAUCAUACAGAUUAAGACUUGUGAGUAAAAACAUGAGGAAG